GGUACAUAUCUAUUUAGUGCUUUCUUAUAUCAAUAUUUAUAUGUUUCAAUAAAUAGUCUAGAGUACAAUAUUAUUUAUACGGAAUAAGAUCAUUACUAAUGAUAUGCCCAAAGUUGAAAUUCGAUCUAUAUUAGAAGAUUUUAAAGUGUUUUAGUUAAAUAGAACUUUGGUUUCUAUGAGAUUACUUGCAUAGAUAUAUAUAUACAUAUGUAUAUAUGAUCAAAUUCCAUUCCUGAUAAUGAUGAUAAGCCUACUGAUUAUCUCAUUAUUAUUCUGCUUAUGUUUCAAUUGUGAAUUACAUAAUCAGUCAUUGCAUAACAAUAACAAUAAUAAUAAUAAUGACAGUAUAGAUUAUCAUCUAUUAUGGACAAUAUGGAAAUUACGUUAUCAUCAAUAUUAUAGAAAUCAAAUUGAUGAAAUCAAUUCUUUUGCAUUAUGGAAAAUCAAUAUUAAUCAAAUUUUAUUACAUAAUUUAUAUUAUGAUUUACAAUUAAAAACUUAUCGUAAAUCAAUAAAUCAAUAUACCGCUAUAAAUUGGAAUGAUUUUUAUCAAAAUAAAAAAAACAAAUUAAACUUAUUACAUCAUCAAAAGAAUCGAUUAUUAUUAUUAUUAGUUAAGGAGAAAUAUAGAAGUUUCAAUCGAACAAAUAAUAAUCAUAAUAAUUUACCAGAUAUGAUUGAUUGGAGAGAUAAUGAUACUGUGACACCAGUAAAAACACAAGAGGAUUGUGCAUCUUCAUGGGCGAUUGCCUCAGUUGAAGCGCUUGAAGGGCAAGUUAAAAGAAAAACAGGAAUUCUUACUCCAUUAUCAUCACAACAAUUGGUAGAUUGUACUGGAGAUCAUGAAUGUGUAGAGUAUCCAGUAUCUGUAGCAUUUGAUUUCAUAAAAGAGUAUGGUGUAGAAUCUCAAGAAGAUUAUCCUUUUACUGGUAAAGUUGGAAAUUGUACAUAUAGUUCAUCAAAGAGUGUGACAACUUUAUCCUCUUAUAUACAAGUCGAUGAUAAUGAGGAGGAACUUCAAAAAGCUGUGUAUAAUAUUGGACCUAUAGCAGUAAGAAUUACUAUGACUCAGGAAUUUCUCACUUACGGGAGUGGAGUUUUAUUAAUAGACGACUGUCAAAAUGAAGAACCAUUCGAAUCCGUUUUACUUGUAGGUUACGGUAUAGAGAAUGGCAUACCAUAUUGGUUAGUUAAAUUUAGUUUGGGUGAAGAAUUCGGUGAUCAUGGUUAUAUGAAAUUAGCCAGAAAUCAUAAUAAUAUGUGUCAUAUUGCUAGUUUUGCAUAUUAUCCUGUCAUAUGAUCGAUAUUUUAUGCCAUAAUAUGAACUAAUAAUGAGCCGUUAAAAAUCAAUAAAUUAGCCAAGUUCAACAUAAUGAUUCUAUAGUAUCAUUUAUACUCUUCAUUAUUUUGUUUAUUAAAUUCUUUACCAUACAGUUUGUAAUAUUAUUUCAUACCAAGCUUCAGUUUCCAUGAAUCGGACUAUUGAUAUUGGUUUAAGCGUCUUUAUUUAUUUUAACACAUUAAUAUUGGGACAAUGAGGCACCAAAUACAUAUGCGCCACACAAAUCUCAUUUGAUAUGUGUGAGAGCUAUGAUACUGCUCGGAUGCCCAGACCGAAGCAGGUGGUUUUCUUAGGGGACCACCCCCCGAGCCUUCGACCUGAAGGUCUGAUCCAAAAGGCAGUGGAGCAUCGUGAGGAGAUGCAGUCCCAUGGUUGCCGGUGAC